GCGGGUCCGAGCCGCCGCAGCUGACUCGCCGGCGCAGACCGGGAACCGGUCAGAGGCACAGCCUGAGCCCGCCAUGGAGCAACCCAGGAAGGCGGUGGUGGUCACGGGAUUCGGCCCUUUUGGGGAACAUACUGUGAAUGCCAGCUGGAUUGCGGUCCAGGGCUGAGCGGUAUUCCCUUGUGUGUAUGUACCGCAGCUUCUUUGUCCAUUCGCCUGUCGACGCGCAUCGAGGCUGCUUCUGUGUCCUCACUGUUGUAGACAGUGGAGCAGUGAGCGCUGGGGAGCUGGAGAAACUAGGGCUUGGGGACAGCGUGGAUCUACAUGUGUAUGAGAUUCCAGUGGAGUAUCAGACAGUCCAGAGGCUCAUCCCUGCCCUGUGGGAGAAGCACAGUCCUCAGCUGGUGGUGCAUGUAGGAGUGUCAGGCAUGGCAACCGCAGUCACACUGGAGAAGUGUGGACACAACAAAGGUUACAAGGGCCUGGACAACUGCCGAUUCUGCCCUGGCUCCCAGUGCUGUGUGGAGGACGGGCCUGAAAGCAUUGACUCCAUCAUCGAUAUGGAUGCUGUGUGUAAGAGGGUUACUACGCUGGGCUUGGAUGUGUCAGUGACCAUUUCACAAGAUGCAGGCAGGUACCUCUGCGACUUCACCUACUAUACUUCGCUGUACCAGAGUCACGGCCGCUCAGCCUUUGUUCACGUGCCCCCUCUGGGCAAGCCGUACAAUGCAGACCAGCUGGGCCGGGCGCUUCGGGCCAUCAUUGAGGAGAUGCUGGACCUCCUAGAGCAGUCAGAAGGCAAAAUCAACUGUUGCCAUGAACACUGAUUGCUGCUCAGGCCUCCCAAGACCUCAUCCUGCCAAGGACCCUGAGAGAGACGUCCGCCCUCUGGGCCCUGACCAGGAAAGACAAGCCCAUCCAGCGGGGGGUCUGAUUUGGAUCAAAUAUGCCAGCUUGCACACCUCCUCUCCCCUUUUCUCUGCGUAAGCGCUGGUUGGUUUGAAGGCAGCAACUGAAGAUUUUUUUUUUUCUAUUUCUCUUUGUACCUGGGGAUACAGCUGGGGCAGUCAGGAAGCUGGGAAGUCCUGAUUUCUACCGAGAACCUCAAAAAGGUGGAUCUCUGCUCUGCGAUCCUAUGGCUGGGGCCAGCUGCUUUUCUAAGUCUAUGGUGGAAGGAUUCCAGAAUUCCCUCUGUCCAUGACUGUUUUUUUUCCCAAAUUGAAAAUCCUCAUGAAGACCCUUUGCCCUGAUCCAUGUCCCAACAGCCUGGACAGCUCCGGCAAGGACCAGCUUGGGAUCUGGCAUGGGUUCUUUUUCUUUCUUUCUUAUGCUGUUUUUAAAAGCAAUAGUGCCUGUUUGGGCACAGAGUUAUUUAUAUUCCCUUUGGUUAAAAUGAGGGCUUUAGCCGAACACAAAAGUGUCUUUUCUCUUUCCUGGAGUGCAGCUGCUUCUGCCUCUGGCUUUGAACACUGGACCUACAUUUUUGUUUUUGGGGUGACAUUAAGAUCCCCAUGUUCAGCGGGGGUGGAGGCUAGGCCCAUGGCCAGACCACGGGGAGAGGGGGUUGCUGCUGCCCCAGGAGCCUGAAAGGGUUGCCUAGUCCUCUCGUCAGCCGAGCUGUGAGCUGCACCCGCGGGGCCUCCGGAGCUGGACCGCUGGUGGGAAAGCAGGCUGUCAUUCCAACACGCACUUUUUUUUUUAAACAUGUAAAAGUGUGUAGCAACUACAAACCUACCCCACAUCCGGCCUGGAUUUUCAGUCUUGGUCUUGGGGACCAGCUUCUUGUUUUCCUUAAGAGGGGGACAGAGUGGAGUCUGGGGGCUGAGCUCCGUGUGUGCUGGUGUGUUUGGCUGGAAGGGCCGCGGGGCAGCCAGUGAGCUUUUGUGUAGCUGGGUUUUGGACAUGCCUUGGACUUGGUAAAUUUUUAUCUUACUUCCUGAUGACUUUGAACUGACCAGCCAGGGAUGCGCAUCUCCCAGGAGGCAACUAAAUUCAGCUGGACCUUGACACCCGUCAGAGAGAGGGGACUGGCAGCCGCAACCGUGAGGAAAACAACCAUUUGGAAAGUAUUCUUCUGUUUCUCUGGAGAACACGCAGCUGCUCCCUCUGUGUGAGGCAUGCUGGUGUCUGAUGUGUUAGAUCAUGUUGGUGUUUCCCAGCAGGCGCUUCUUUUGAAAACAGCUGAGAUUUUUGUUUUGUUUUCCUAAAUGUUCACCCUCUUUCCCUCCUGUUCCGAUGCCCAGGGUAGUUGCUGCCUCCCCUGAGCCGCUGUGUCACUCGGAGACCAGGUCGAUGGGUUUCUGAGUGAAAUGCAUUUUCUGAGUCCUGUGUUUUCUCUGGAAGGGAAGCGUGAUGUGGGGUCAGCAUACGGCAGUGGGUGUGGAGCGUGUUCUGCAGGGUGAAAUGAUCAGGGCCUUCUCCCUCCUCCACGCCAGCCCUCCCUCUUCCAGAAACUCCUCCUCCACACCCCCAGUCUGCGUUUGCAGUCUCCUGAGGAAUCUGGAGCGUAGGAUGCCAUUACAUCCACUCAGCCAGCCAGCUUCCAUGAGCAGAGCUUGUGGCUCUUUUAAAUGAGGGUCUCCCAGAGGUCCCAUUCAGAAAGGCAUUAAACUCUAAUGAGCUCUGUUCUCUAAAGGUCUGAUCUGGGGGACUCUGACGAAGAAGUGGAUCUAGGCAAGUUGGAGAGGGGAGGGGGGGCUGGAAGUGAGUCAGGUUUGAGCUAAGCUGGGUACUGACAGGAACCCAGACACACCAUCCCCAGGUUCUGCAUUUCCAUCUUUCUUUCGUCCUCAUGUCUUCUGUCUGUUUAAAGCAACGUGAGAUUCAGCCACUUAGAGAUGUAACUUACCGUCUGAUCAUUAUCAAGUGUGUGUGUCAUUUUCUGUCCCUGCGACGGUGUUAGAUUUCCUCAGCGAGUCAAGCCAACACCUUGUCCUUUUCACGAUGCCGAGCAUAUAGCUCGUUUUUAUUUAAUUAGACAGCCAUUAAAUAUUUCACUCGCUCCCUACCAGC